AUGGCACCCCAGGCAUCGCCAAAAAUAGCCUUGCAAAGAUCCUCCCACUUCCAGACACCCCCGGCAGCCCAUGGACGGUCUACGGCGUCGCUCGGCAGCCAAGGCCCUUCGACGCUGACCACCCAGUCGAAUACACCCAAUGCGAUGCGACAUCUCAGACCCAGAGGACACCCAAUCGAAACUCUCAAAUCUCCACGAUGCAUCGCCAAAAAUAGCCUUGCAAAGAUCCUCCCACUUCCAGACACCCCCGGCAGCCCAUGGACGGUCUACGGCGUCGCUCGGCAGCCAAGGCCCUUCGACGCUGACCACCCAGUCGAAUACACCCAAUGCGAUGCGACAUCUCAGACCCAGAGGACACCCAAUCGAAACUCUCAAAUCUCCACGAUGUUACCCAUGUUUUCUACGAUACAUGGGCUAGUAGAUCCACCGAAGUCGAAACAAUGUUUUAAUGGUGCGACCACCUGUGAUGGAAAUUGGGAAGAAGGUUGGAGGAGACAAGGUGAAGAGCGAGAGAGAAUAAAAUUUGUGGAAGAGUUAGUGGUGGUGAUCAGGAGUGUUCACCCUACCCUACGGGUAGAAAAUAUUGUCUUUCGUCUUCCUACCUGA